AUGGCCGGCGCAGCAAACCUCGCUGCCGCUGUCGCGUCCGGUGCGGACGUCACCACGGUCGAGCGGCUGCUGGCGGGCAAUGCCGACAUCUCUGCAGUGGCGGGUGAGAGGCGUGAGACAGCAUUGCACUUUGCAGCACGGCGCGAGCCCAACCUCACCUCCAUCCUCCUCUCCGCUGGUGCGUCGCUCGACUCUACCUGCACCGAGGGCUUCACGCCGCUUCACGCCGCAGCGCAUGCCGGCGCCGCGCAGUGCCUGAGCAUCCUCCUCGCUGCUCCCGGCGUAGAGGCUUGCGCACGGACGAGCCGCGGCGACUCCGCUCUGCAUCUGGCCGCCAUCUCAGGCAGCGGGGCGGCCGCGGCCCUCCUGCUCGAUGCGGCGCCGGCGCUGCUCGACGAUCGCAACACUGCGGGCUGGACCGCCCUAAUGCUCGCCGCGGGAUGCGCCCCGAUCGGCUCUGAUGCCGUGUGCACCCUCCUCGACAGCGGCGCGCGAGACGCCCCGCCCCGCCCUCCAGUCGACUCGCGAUGGGCCGCCACAAGCGCGGGCGACACUCCUCUGCUGCUCGCCGCGCGAAGCGGUUGCGCCGGCAGCGUGCGUCUGCUGCUCCGCGCACAUGCCGACGUGGCGGCUCGCAACGUGCACAGGCGCUCGGGCCGCGAGAGAGUCGCUACCGAAUGA